AUGUCAGGAGGAGCGCCGCGACGCCGUUUUCGACCUCGUGGACGUGGUGCCGCAGCUGGGCGAGGGGGACAAGAACAUGGACCAGAGCCGGCUGCAGACAAUAACACUGAGUGGGACGACGCCGCGGACGAAACAUGGGAUCCUACAACCGAAGGGCACCAACAGAGCACCGGUGUGACCAGCAGCUACUAUGGAGCGAAUGAUGCCACAAGCUCCACUACACCAGCAGCUGGUGAACCUCAAGAUGAUGGUGGUGCACUGGAUGGCCCAUCAGAAACACCUGGUGGCGCGACCGCGAUGCCAACCGGAUGUGGGAACCCCAUGGAACCCAACAUGAGCCCAAUACCGAACGUAUGGUUUGGACCACCAGCCUCAGUUUGGAGCCACAUGCCUGGUGGAGGAUGCCCUGGACUAUAUGGCACAGCUCCCCCACAAGGUGCUUUACCUCCUGGAGGACUUCGAGGCCCAGUUCCAGUACCUGGCACUGCACAACAGCAAGCAUUCAAUGGCAUGGGAAUGGCUGGAUGCGGAAUGCCCUUUGCACCGUAUGGCUCAGUGCAUGGUCCUGGAUUUCCGCAUCCGAUGAUGACGUCACUACAACCUGAUCUACCUCAUCGAGCUCCCAUGAGCAGUGCUUAUAACGUACCUCGACCUUGUGCGGAUCUUCCUCACGGUCUUCCUGGUGGAUGUGGCCCUGGACCUCAACCUCAUCAAGUUCCUUCUGCAGUUUUCCAACAAGCUCCCAAUGGAAUGCCCGGCUUUGGGCAGAACUUGCAUGCUCCUGGCGCUGGCUCGGGUGGCAGUUCUCCACUGGCAGGCAUGACGCCUCCGGUCGCCGGCAGCCCUGAUAGGCUUGGACCACGUGCACAGCCUGGUGACCCUUGGAGCAACUACCGACCCACCGAGACCGUGACCAAUGCCAAGGAGUUCAGCCAAAGACUUCGGGAGGAGCGGCCAGGCUUCAAGCCGGUGACUUCGGCCUUCGAAGCUAUGGGCAAGACGACGCCUUCGUCGACAACACCUCAUGGUGCCAAUGUGACGAACGAGCAACUGCUGGCGAAGCUCGUUGAUGCGGUCUCUGGCGAUCGCAAGCUACCCAUUCCAACUUGGGACGGGACCCCAUCUGGACUACGUGGUUGGCUGCAACAACUGUCCUUUUGGGAGACGGAGUCGAACCUGCCCAAGGAGAAGUGGGGUGUGCGACUUUUCCAGUCCCUUUCUGGAGAGGCUCGCAAGAUCGCCGAGACGGUCAGCACGGAGGUCUUGCUCACCUCGGAUGGCUACAGCGCUGUGCUGACUUCGCUGAUGCAGAAGUUCCAGCCCUACUUGGACGCUGUUGGCCCGCUCUCCAUCGACACGUUCCUGUACUCAGGUGAGAGAGCUCCGAGGGAAACCUUCAACGCCUACUUGAGCCGCAGGUCCACCCAGAAGCAGGAGCUGGAGUCGCAGAUAGGUGCUGAAGUUCAUCCUUUAAUCGCUGGACGUGUGCUUCUUCGACAAGCUGGCCUGACCGAACAUCAACAACAACUUGUGGCCCUGAAGAACCACACCUUGCUCUCCUAUGACGAGGUUGCCAAGACCUUACAGCCGCUGGACAGGUUGGACACCUUAGCAAAGGCGGGUGCCUUGACGUCUGGAACGACAGGCAAGGUCUACUUGCAAGCCAAUGGAGACAACAGCGAGGAGGAAGAAGGCUAUGAUGAGGAGGCGGAAGAGGAAACAGAAACUGGAGACGAAGAUAGCGACUUCAUCCAGUUCGAAGACAAGGAGUACGACGAGAUGGAGGCGGUGUAUGUCCAGGCCUACAACGAUGUGAGAAAGGACUUGAGAUCCCGCCGCAAAGAGCGUGGCUUCGUCAAGCAUGGCCGACGAUCGCCUUCGGGAUCGAGCAGCCCAAAGAAAGGCCGUGGCAAGGGCCGUGGGAAAAAGGGAGACCGAAAAAGGUCGACUGGCAAGCAGCAGAAGGACGAGCCCUACAUCAGGGGAACGGAGUCAGAGCUGCUGGCACGCACCAGGUGCUUUUCGUGCCAGGAGUUGGGACACGUCAGUAGGAACUGUCCGCAUCGAUCUACAACGACGACAGCAACUCCGAAGAAGACCUUUGUGGCCGUGACUCCAACCGGCCAUAGCACGACAACGUCCUAUGCGGUCUUCAAGCACGAGUGCCAGUAUCCUCCAAAGGAAGAAGCUCUACUUCGUGCAGUAUAUGCAGGUGUGCAAGUCCGUGGAUUCGAGGCCGUGAUCGACACCGCAGCCGAGCAAUGCAUCAUCGGCAGUAAGGCCUUUGCAAGCCUUCAGGAAGAGCUGGCCUUGCUCAACCUUCGAGUGGUGCCCAUCAGGCAGCCUGCAGUUCCAUGUGCCGGCAUUGGAGGUCGUGCCAAACUGCAGGGACUCUACGAUGUUCCAACAUGCAUCGCUGGCCUGUUGGGUGUGCUGCGCUUCACUGUCAUCACGGACACCCUCAGCUUCGUGACGCCACCUCUGCUUGGAGUUUCCUAUUUGGAGGCGGUUGGAGCCAUCAUUGACUUGAGCACCAACCACUACAGCACUCCGGAUGGCCACACUGCCAACAUGCGAAGGUUGUCUUCUGGCCAUCGGGCCAUCCACAUGCUGGACUUCGACACCACGCCCUGGAAACUGCCACUACAACAUCAAGUUCGCGGCCACGAUCCUUUCCGACUUCCUGUUCCUCGUUCCUCGCACUAUUUUUCGGGAGGCAAUGGUGCUGAAGGUUUUGGAGAUUUGCACGUUUCGUGCGAAGCUGAUGCUGGAAGCCCCAUGGACGAGACCUUCUUCCAGACGUACUUGGAGUCGCAGGUUUUGCCCUUGGAGAACGGUGAGCUGACAGCGACACCAGUGGCAUCAGCGGCAUCGAGACCUGAUCGGUCGAGAUCUCCAACAAGAACCAAUGCUUCGGAACGCAACACCAUGGCCAAUGACGAGAACUACCAAGGACCCGGAACAGGAGCCACAACGACAAGACGUGUGACCUUUGACACAACGACUGCAGCUGGUGCCCCGGCAGAUGUUGCAUCUUCGGCGGCGCCUACAUCUCCCAUGACAUCCCCAGAACCUGCUGAAGAACCUGGAGCUGGUGGAGGAGCUUCUGCAACACCUACACCAACAGAUGCCAAUCUGCCAGAGACGCAGGAGGAAUGGCACGCAGAAGAGGCCCCAUCAAGCUUGUCCAAAGAGACAGAUCCACCUGUGGAUCCCUUUGACGAGGUGGGCAGCCCCGAGUUCGUCAUGCAUGACGGCCAGGCGCUGGACCCCAACGUGGAGACCAAGGUCUGGGUGAUCAAGACGAACAGCGACAAGGAGCUUUUGGCGACCUACGUGGGCUGGAGGAUUCGCAUUUUGGAUCCCUUCGAUGUUCCCCAAGCUCGCCGCUAUGACCUGACGGAACGCAGACAGGUGGUUGCCAAGUUUCCGCAGAAUGAGUCGCGGGUGGUGAGGGACUGCUGGCCCACCAACAUCAACCGCAUCAUGGAGAAGCCGUGGCAUGGCGACAUCACCUUCUACGAGUCGCAUGAGAAGGGCGACCCGUUCCGACCUUUUGGAACCUGGCUGGAUGCUCAGCCACGUGGAUAUCCGCGACCACCACCUGGACCACCGCCUGGGUUUGGUUCGACUUCAUCGUCUUCAAGACCUUCCGGCGCAAGUGGCAGCUCUGGUGGGGGCGCUGGACACUACACACACCAACACGGUGGACAUGCAGCUUCCGCGCAGCAAAACAGUGCGGCGCAGCUGAUGAUGAUUGAGUACAAGAUGGAUGCCACCGAUGGUGAUGGAAAUUGGCAUGAAAUUUGUGAGAUGGAUGCUGGUGAUGUUGAUGAACCACAUCGGCAUGAUUGCAAUGCAGUCGAAUCGUCAAGUCGUGGUGAAAGUUCAAAGGCAGGUGAGGUUUUCCAACUCAGCAUGCUGAAGAAUUGUUUGAGAAGAAGGAGACCUCUCUCCACUCGCAGCCCAAUUGCUCAACUCAUGAGCUGGACAUUUUCCAGAGCAGCCCAAACGUUCCUGCACCGUCUGCAACGUUGCAAUGGCGCCCAAGAAGAACCAGUCGAGCGCAGCUGCAAGCAGCCUUCAAGCCUCCAUCCUCUCCAUGAUGGCCAAGGAGGACAGGGGCGAGGAAUCGAGUCGAAAGCUUGGGACUCGGAAGUGCGAGACAGCUUGGUCUCGCGUGGUGAAAGCUAUGAUGCUGCUGAUCAACACGACUCGCUCGCAGAUGGUUCUGGACUACCUGCAGAAGAAGGGGGCGGUGUGCGACGAGGUGGACACCGAGAACGUUGGGGACAAGUUCAAGAAGGCGACCAAAGCCAAGGGCAAGGCGAACCAAACCGAGUGGAUCGCUCAGGGAAUUGGCAAGCCUCUGAAAAGGUCAACGGCACAAAAGUUUUGGGAGAAGGAGCCGGAGCAGUGCAACCACCCUGCAGAGUACCUACGCUGCAGAGCCAACCGGUUCGACCGCUGGUGGGUGUGCCUGACGUGCGGAUCCCGCUGGGAGAGGUUCGAUGUGGACCAUGCGGCAUCCUCGACAGCCACGGUGGUGCCAGAGACGCCGGACUCCCACAGCCUGAAAACCCUGGAGGGCACGUAUCCCCAGUUCUUGCCAGCUCCAAGAUCGAAGCCCGACCAAGGAGCAGUGACCCUGAAGGUGACCAACAUGGGAAAGAUCUCCAUGGUGGAUGGAGGCACUGGGUCAACUACAUCUCGGAGGUUGAAGACAAGCUCCCAGGAGACUGCUCGGGCACGAUCUACUUCCAAGGAGCGCCAGAUGACGGGACUACGUGCAAGUCAGGCUGCCAAAAGAGUGCCGACCUUCAACAUCGACCGCGAGGGCAGGAUGGAGCACUUGGAGGAAGCCUUCGGACCGACAGAGGUUCUCAUGAUCAGCGACGAGGAGAAGGAGUGGAGUGCCGACCCACCGCACGCAGACUAGUGCACAAGAAUCAGCUCGGUGGGAAGUGCGGCAAGGCUUUGGGGUCGCUUCCCAAGACCCAUUUCUCCAAGUUCAUGGUUUUCCUUUGCAUGAACUGCUGCCUGGCGCCCACUACAGUAUCAGCUUUUGGAUCCCCCGAUCUCAUUGCAUGGCACCACGACAAUGAAUUCAAGGUCGCAAAGACUGAAGAUGGUUUCACUGAGCCGGACAACUUCGACGGCGACUACAUGGCCUGCUACGUGUACGGCCACCUUGCGCAGCAUUUUGCAAGCGCACAAGCUGACGGCCGAGGCAAGCUGCACCAGAUGAACAAGGACUUGAACAGAAGACUGGUGAAAAGCUUGAGGGACUCUCCCAACAUCCUCGAGGUUUACUCGCCACCGAGGGUGACCAAGAAGGCCGAGAAGAAUGGUUUCACAGCUGGUGGAGCAUUGGACCUUUCAACUGGAUGGGACUUUUGCAAACCCUCUCAUCAGAAAGCUGCGCUAAGACUUGUCAACGAGUUGCAGCCCGUGCUUGUGGUCCUCUCUCCGCCUUGCACUACGUUUUCAGCACUACGAAACCUGAGCAACUUCAAACGUGACCAAGCCACAGUUGCUCAAGAAGAAGCAGAAGGCAGACUUCAUGUCCGCUUCAGCGUGCAGUUGGCACGCAUCCAACAUCGAGCUGGCCGAGGAUUUCUUUUCGAACAUCCGAGGAACGCUACCUCUUGGACGACCACAGAACUGCAACAACUACGACAAGAAGAUGGUGUCCACGCAGUUGCGGUGGACUUAUGCAGAUUUGGUCUGAAGACGUCCAAAGGAGCCCCAGCUUUGAAGCCGACGCUUCUGCUUACCAACAUCGAGGAGCUUGCGAUAGUCCUACAUCGAAGAUGUGAGGGGUUCCACAAGAGCCAUCAACCACUUCUUGCAGGAGAAGCGGCGUUGGCCGCAAAAUACACACCAGCCUUCGUGGAUGCGAUCCUUCGUGGACUUCGCCAACAUGUUCAAUCUUGGGUGAAGGCUCACAAUUCCAGUUCCGACUACUGGGAGGUGAAGGACGAGGAGGUCAUUCGACAUCAUCGAGUUCCACGAAGAGCCCUCUUUUCUCCUACGGGUGUUGCUGGCUGCCCACUGGAACUUAGCAAGCUCUCAUCCAGUCGCACUACAGUCAUGAAGUUCGACAAGGGCCCGGUGCAGACCUUCAACGACAAUUGGCGAACCACUGCGUUGCCCCGUCAAACCAUGACGACUUUGUGGACAGGAACCACAACCUUUCCUGUUCAAGAUCCAAUUCUACUCCCACACGAUUGGCAAGAAGCUGCAAACUUCAUCGUUCGAGCAGCUGCACAUCCCAUUCACUCCUACAUCACCGAGGAGACAGCCGUGCAAAUGGAAUGGACAACAGCGUUUCCAUCCCACAGAAUUUUGGGAGGCGCGCCUUCUACGCCUUCAAGCACUGCUGGACCCCCCCAGUUCAACCGUUUUGCUGGGAUGGAUGGUGAUGACCUCGACGUCAACAUGCUGGACGACUUGGGAGUGAAUGCACCAGAUGAGACAUCAGAAAGUAAGGCAAAACAUGCCCUACGAGCCUUGGACCUGAGCAAGCCUGCGACGGACAACAUCCUUCAUCCUGAAAUGCGCAGGGAGCUCUUCAAGAUCCAUCGCAAUUUGGGACAUCCUUCACUACAAGUGUUUGUGAGAGCCCUGAAGCAUGCCGGUGUCAAGAACGAGGUGUUACAGUGGACCAAGAAUCACUUCAAGUGCCCACUUUGUGAAAGGAAGCAACAACCCUCUUCGCACCGCCCUGUGAAACUUCAGCGUGCCAUGAACUUCAACGAGGUGGUCGGUGUGGACCUGAUCCAGAUCAACGUGCCGGAGAUCGGAGACUAUUGGAUGCUGAACUGCUUGUGUUGGGGAACCGACAUGCAGAUCGUGGAGAUCGUCAAGGACAAGCAGGCCAGCACCGUCUUGGAGACCUUCUGCCGUGCCUGGAUCGCCCACUAUGGCCCACCUGCACUGGUCGUUGCAGACCAGGGAAGAGAGUUCAUUGGCCACCAGUUCACAGACUACGUGGGACAUAUGGGAGUGCCGGUGCACUUCAUCAACGCACGGAGUCCUUGGGAGAACGGGCGCACCGAGCGCGCCGGUGGCAUCUUCAAAACGAGACUUGAAGGAGCUCUCCAUGAAGUUGGUGCCACCACUGAAGAGGAGCUGAAGCUGACCAUCCAGGAGGUUGUCACCGCGCACAACCGCUUCUACAACAGGACGGGCUUCACACCCUACCAACGAGCCUUUGGCACCUUGCCGAGGAUGCCCGCUUCGCUUCUUUCCGACGACCGCAUUGACAAGCAGCUGAUGUUGGAAGGAGCUGGCGAUUCAAUGAAGCGUGCAUGGGCUAUCCGAGAAGCCGCAUCCAAAGCAUGGCUUCGUUGGCAAGAUGAUGAAUCAGUCCGCAGAGCCGUGUCAACAAGGACAAGGACUUCGGACACCAAAGACUUCAAGGUCGGGGAAUUGGUCUACGUUUGGAGGAAUGUUCCUGGCUUCAAGGGAUGGACCGGUCCAGGUUCAAUUGUGGCAUUGAAGGGUGAAACCGCCUGGGUUUCCAUGAGAGGCUUCCUCAUGAAGGUCGCGAUUGCGCAGACCCGGAGAGCCACUUCGGAGGAAAGCCUUGGAGCAGAGCUUGUUCGGCACUUGUCCGAACAGAUGCUGGAAGACCUGGAGUCCAAUGCGGUGAAGUACUACAGAGAUGUGGAAGGAGAAGGUCCUCCAGACGAUGGCAGCGAAGGCGGCGGAUACUCACCUUCUCUGGGUCCAGAGGAGGAAGAGCCGCUACUCGGUGGAGAUUCACCUCUCGAGGCAGAACCAUCGCCUUUAGCUCCCAUCGCUGAGGAACCAGAUGCUCCUAUGGAUGAAGUUCCACAAGAUCAAGUUCAACCAGCCGCUGAUGAUGGACGUUCAGAGAUCAGCACAGCAGAGCCUUCUAUGGGUCAUGCUCCAUCAGAUGGCGCCUCACUACCCUUCAGCCGCAUGGGUACGGAGAACACACUUCCGGACCGACGCUUGACAUUGAGUGGAGUCCGAGUUGAUGAAGGCCGUGGAGGAACGCUUGGUUUUGGCCCCAUCCGAGAAGGACCACCCACAUCCUCUACUGCGAUGCCCUAUCCAAGCCCUCCUCAAGGAGUACCUUCCUGGCCGAGACCUUCACACAGCUUGUACUUUGAGGUGUCUGCAGAACCCUCUACCCAGACACCACGCUGGACUUUGGAUCGACCCACUGGCAAGUAUACCAUGAACCCUCCAGACACGUCCAAGUUCAACGCCAAGGAAGCUGAAGCCGUGUACAACGAGAGGGACCAGUGCAUGUACCUCACCAAGUCCAAGGCAAAGACAUCACCUGGCCAAGUCGAGUUUCGACACUUGCCAGAGAAGUACAAGAACAUCUUCCGGAAGUCUCGUGCCAAGGAAGUUGCCUCAUUGCUGAACUCGGGAGCCAUUCAAAUCCUGAGCGUCGAGGAGUCCCGGAAGUUUGCCAAGGAACACCCUGACCACGUGCUCACCAGCCGCUAUGUGGACCGCUGGAAGCCUACGGAUGCAUUUGGAGUCUUGCCGGAGGAGUACGAGCAACCCGACUUCCUCCCGGAGAAUCACAGUGGCCUGGCGCCGAAAUCUCGUUGGUGUGUGGUUGGUUGGAAGGACCCGCACAUUCACCAGAUCGAGCGUGCCGCGCCUACACCUUUGACUUCAUCUAUGUAUCUGGCUUUGCAACUGGCAGCAAGUCGCAAAUGGGUGGCUUUUGGAAAGGAUGCCAAGACAGCCUUUUUGCAGUCUCGACCAACUACAAGAGUGCAGAAGUUAGCCUGCAAGAUGCCAGCCGACGAAGCCUUCGAAGGAUACAGUCCUGAACAACUGAUCCUCCUUCUUACGGAAGUUUACGGCUUGGUAUCAGGCCCAGCUUGGUGGAGAAGAUCCCUACUCGAGCUGUUGGUCAAGGAGCUCAAGUACCGAGUGUGCGUCUACGACAGGUGCAUUCUGACCUUGGAUGGGCCCCUUGAUCCGAAGAACUCCGAUGCUCCAGUUAAAACCAGAGGAUUCAUCGUCCUGGAGGUCGACGACCUGUUGGAAGCGGGCGAUGAGGAGCACCGAAAGAAGAUGGAGUGGCUCGAGAAGAGACUGAAGUUUGGGAAGAUCGUCAACUUGCAGGAGACCGAGAAUGGCGGUGGAAGUGGAUACGCUGGAAGGCGAAUCAAGCAACUGCCUGAUUUCAGCUUCACCUACAGCAUGGACGACUAUGUGGCCAACAGGCUUCACGCCAUUAAGGUUCACCGCAAGGUCUUGAAGAAGGACGCAGCCAACAUCAAGCUCAAUGAGGACGAGAUCUCUCAGCUCAGGGGAACGAUAGCAGCCAUCAACUGGUCGGCACGUGAAGGACGCCCUGACGGCUCCGCAAGUGCUUCGAUUUUAUCUGGAUGCUUCCCCGAGCCCACUAUGAAGAACCUCUUCGAGUGCAACCAGGUCGUGGAGCUUCUAAAGAGCCGCAAGGUGACCAUUCGAAUCUUUUCCAUUGCGGAGGACCAGAUCCGGCACCUGCUCAUCGCGGACUCUUCCUUCGAUCCGACUGGGAAGACAAAGCCCCAGCAUGGAUGGAUCCAGGGUAUCACCACGCCGCAACUUAACCGUGGUGAGAAAGCCCCUGUGAGUUUGAUCGCAUGGCGAUCAAAGAAGUUGCGCCGUAAGGCGGGAAGCACCACGCUCUGUGAGAGCAUUUCGCUUUCAACAGCGUUGGCAGCGAUGGAGAAGCAAGUUGCCACCUUCCAGAGUUUCCAGUUUUCGAGGUUCGACCCGAAGAGCAUCACCAACGACAUCGAGAUCGAAAUGGGUCUUCGUGGACCACCAACGGUGAUCGCUUCUGAGGAUCCGAAGUUUGUGGACCCGCUGACGGUGGCCCUGAUCGAUGCCAAGAGUGUCUUCGAUUCGACCUCGAGCCCAGAACGCCAAUUUCAGGGAGAAGAUGACCGAGCAGCCUUGGAGUCAGCCAUCAUCCAAGAAAGUCUCGCGAAGUUGAAGGCCAGACUACGGUGGAUUCCGCACAAUUUCAAUCCGAGUGACGCCCUCACCAAGCUGCCACAACAGGCUCAUAUGCAACCUCUAUAUGAUCUACUAUGUCAACAGGCGAUGGUGAUCCAGAAAGAGGAGGACGAGCUCGCAGCUGGGCGACAAGGCCUUGAGCUAGGCUCAGGUGCGCAAAAGGGUGAAGCCUCCAGUGGGUUCAGGUACGGCUGUCAUCCAAAGAGCCAAAUCUUCAAGGAUGAGAGAGCCCGUGAAAAGUACAGGAUUCGUGUCAAGGCGAUGACCGAGGAGAAGGGUGCUGAGUUCAUUGACUAUGACUGCGAUCAGGGCGUUUGGCAAUUCCGAGUGUACUUGAGCUCAGUUGUGGAAGAGAUUGCAGCCGCAGGUGGAAAGGUCAAAGUUUUCCAGGCACCAUUGGUUUUCAUUUUUGCGAACCAGUCUGCUCAGCCUGCUUGCGGCAGCUUGUUUCACCUGCAGGAUUUGCAGGAAGGAUUUGCAGCAAGUGCUUCGGAUGAAGAGGUUGUCAGAGCAGCAGGCGAAAUUUUGCAAGCUGCAGAGCAGAUCUUUGCUGAGGCCUGCUUGAAGAAGUCAAAUUUUGUGAAGGUGGGCACCUUCCACCCUGAUGCGCGAGGUGUCAAUGUCCUCGUCAAGGUUCUAGAAGAGCCCAAAGCUGUCGAGAGAGACGCCAGAUUCUUCGAGGUGCUUUGUGGAGAUGAGACUGCACAGGUGGUUCUUUCGCUGAAGGAAGUGCAGUUGACAGACAUUUUCAAGCCCGGACAGGUUUUGGCUGCACGAAAUUCCUCCAUAAUGAUGGUGGAGGUGCUGAAUGCCAGAUGUCAACCAGUGGCUAAGUGGUGGUUGGAAAUCUCAGAAUUCCCCUUUGAGGCAAUGAUCACUACACGGCAUAUCCUCAUAACAAAGCACCAAGCCAGACCACCACUGAACCAUUUGGACCAUUGGGACAUGUUGAGGGGCCCAUUGGUCGAUUCCUACGGGAUACGUGAAGCAGAGCUGUUCAACGUGGCGCAUCGGAGGGCUUCAUGUACCAGCUUGCCGCGCCAUAAAGAUUCCGCUGCAGCGCAAUGGGCUUCUUCGGUGCUUGACAAGUGGAUGGGACCGCGUUCUGAAUCCUCAAGUCUCUCAUGGAAGAAGUUCGAAGUGGAGCUUGUGGAUGAUUUUCUCGGUAUGGUUGGUGUGAUUUAUGCUAUCGUGAUCAUGGGCUUCAGAGCCUUGCAGCGGGGAAGUUUGUCACCUUGUAGACAGGUCUUCGAAGGAGACCGCACGAAGUCGAGUUCAGUCCACGGCACUUAUGCGCCAAAUCGGACAACGGAUUUCCUCGUGAGUUCUCCAAUCAUCGGUCAUGCACGACCCUUCCGGUUUGAGACGCCCAAGAGACCCUAUUAUGACUCCUCAUCUGUAGGGAAUGCUUAUGACGAGUGGGCUCGCGAUGGGGUCUUGGAGCACUACUGGGGAGAGCACAUCCACAUGGGCUCCUACAAUCCCAUGGAUACACAAAGUGGCUAUAGGAAGAAGGAUCCCUUUGUCCUGGCACUGUUUCGUGCGACCUUGGGCCGUCUGAAAAACUUCAAAGAGGCCAAGAUUGACUUUGUGCAUGAAAUGAUCGACUUCAGCCGUGCAAAAGAUCCCAAGAAGAUCCUCGAUGUUGGGUGUGGAAUUGGUGGCACGUCAAGGAUUCUCGCCAAGCGAUUCCCUGAUGCAGAGGUUGUAGGCAUCACACUCUCACCGGAGCAGGCUCAACGAGCUGGUCGCUUGGCAGAGGAGGCUGGCUUGAAGAACGUCCGCUUCCAGGUGAUGGAUGCUCUCAACAUGGAGUUCGAAAGCAACACCUUCGAUCUCGUGUGGGGCUGUGAGUCCGGUGAGCACAUGCCUGACAAGAAAAGGUAUGUGGAGGAGAUGUCACGUGUCUUGAAGCCCAAAGGAAACAUGGUCGUAGCAACCUGGUGUGAACGAGAUCCAGUUCCCAUCUUUACUGCUGAAGAGCGGAAGACAUUGAACUUCUUGUAUGCGGAGUGGUCCCACCCCUUUUUCAUAUCGCUUGGCAAGUACAAGGAGUAUCUGGAUGGUACUGGGCUUCUGGAACAGGUUGAGACUGCUGACUGGACAGAUCAGACCUUGCCAUCAUGGCGGCAUUCCGUUUGGGUAGGUGUUUGGUCCCCUUGGUACUGGAUCAAGGUGACCCUGAGGAAACCAGCGGCAUUUCUCGGUUUCCUCCGCGAGGUGUACACCCUGGAGAAGUACCACAAAUCCAUGGUUGACGGGCUCAUGGUCUACGGCAUGAUGCGGGCCAUCAAGAAAUGA